GAAGACUUAACAGGAAUGUGGGAAUGUCCUGAUUUUUUCCCGGUUUAGAUAGUCGGAUAUCAGACGGUGUAGAAACGCCGUCGUUUGGUGAGAAUGGGAUUAAGCAUGUGCUCUAAAGUGAGUUUGAUUGAGACAUUACAUGAUUACUACUACACGAUUGGGAGACUGGGAGUUAUGAUCGUGAGAAAGAUGUUUACGUACCGGACUUGGGUUUGUGCAAGACGGAUCAGCUCCGAGGUUAGAUUACGAAAACGUUUCACGAUGAUGUUAAGAAACGAAUUAAGGAUCUUGUGUCCGGAUAAAGAUGAUAUUAAGAAGGGUUGGUCUGGUCUUCAGUCAUUUCCGAGGAAAAUAUGGCUCGAUGAAUCAGGAAAGCAAUUGCUACAAUAUUGGCCGAUUGAAGAGAUUGAGACAUUGCGUGGAACGCAAGUCAACUGCCACGAGAAAGUUCUCAAAGCAGGAUCUACUCACCUAGAUCGGAGGCGCAACGGCGGCUGCCGGCUGAGGCGAGGUUGGCGGAUGAGACUUCCUUCCGAUUAAGGAGACUGAGAUUGAUCACUCGACAGUAGAAAUUUAUGGUGGAGGAGCCGAGGAGGCAGACCAUGUAUUACGCUAUUACCUCAAGAGUCAAGAGUGUAUCUUUUUUGCCUUCAAUAAAGGAACAUCUCUUCC